AUGGCCGGAUUCAGCUUCGCCAAGAAGUUUGCUCAUAAAAAGCAUGGGAAGACACCUUCUGAUGCAUCCAACUCUGACCAAUCUAGAGAAGCUUCGCUGUCAACUCCUCCGAGUGAGAAGUUUUUCACUAAGCAGGAAACGCCUCAAAAAGGACGUCAAUUCUCACAAGGAAAUCAUCCUAACGCCAAUAAGACAAGUUCGCCCCCUAUGUUUGCCAGAAAGCAGCAAGGAGAAUCAAGGAUCCAACCGACUGCAGCUCCACCGCAACAACGUAACGUAUCAGGACCAUCUACCACUCUUUAUAAGCAAGCUUCAAUGCAGAAAGAAUAUACCGUGUGGAACAGGAUCAAACUUCAGAACUCUCCAUUUCCACGUUACAGGCAUGUUGCUUCUGCAUACGCUACAGACAAAAACCAAAUAUAUGUUAUCGGGGGACUUCACGAUCAAUCUGUGUAUGGCGAUACAUGGAUACUAUCGGCCUUUGACGAUGCCACCAAGUUUUCAACUACUACGAUAGACAUAAGUGAGACCACACCGCCACCAAGAGUAGGUCAUGCCGCCGUCUUGUGUGGUAAUGCUUUUGUUGUGUUUGGUGGUGACACGCAUAAAGUCAACAGGGAAGGUCUAAUGGAUGACGAUAUAUACCUUUUAAAUGUCAAUUCCUAUAAAUGGACAGUCCCAGCCCCGGUCGGACCACGUCCUUUGGGAAGGUAUGGUCAUAAGAUUUCUAUUAUUGCAACAACCCAAAUGAAGACAAAACUAUACGUAUUUGGUGGCCAGUUUGACGAUACUUAUUUCAAUGACCUCGCAGUUUAUGAUUUGUCUUCUUUUAGAAGGCCCGAUUCACAUUGGGAUUUCUUGAAACCCAAGACCUUUACUCCACCGCCUAUGACGAAUUUCACGAUGAUAUCAUAUGAUUCGAAACUAUGGGUAUUUGGUGGUGACACAUUGGAAGGUUUAAUAAACGAUGUAUUUAUGUACGACCCAGCAAAGAAUGACUGGUCUACGAUUGAGACGAGCGGUGAAAAGCCUCCUCCUGUCCAAGAACAUGCUACUGUAGUUUACAAUGACCUGAUGUGUGUGGUGGGUGGGAAAGAUGAGCAUGAUGCCUAUUUAAACUCCGUUUAUUUUUUAAAUUUGAAAACCCAUAAAUGGUUUAAAUUACCUACAUAUGCUGCUGGAAUUCCGCAAGGUCGCUCCGGUCAUUCAUUGACGCUUUUGAAAAACGAUAAGGUGUUGAUUAUGGGAGGCGAUAAAUUUGACUAUGCUAGGGCCGAAGAAUCCGAUUUACAUACUUCCGAUUUUGAUAUGCAAAGAGGCACGAUUAUUUACACCCUAGACCUGACACGCAUAAAAGACCUUUGCCCGGGCGUAAUGGAUGUUUUAAACGAGACCACCGUCAACAGAAAUAAUAGUCUCGAAUUGACAACGCCGGUGACCCCAACAUCUCAUCAAAAUAGAAAUUUAAAUAUGGUAAGUUCAGCUGCACAGUCAUCCUCCGCUCCAUCGCCUGCAAUGAGAACUCCUUUAGAUACCGAUGACGUUAAUAGAGGAAUACACAAUCGAGGUAUUUCUGCGGAGUCUCAGAGUCAAAGGCCUCAGGUAAACUCUGAAUAUCAUCCAAUUGGGGAAGCAAACAUUUUGACUCCGUACGUUCCUCCAGAGAACUCGCAAACACCCGUCAUGAAAACAACCUCGAGUAAACCCUUUGAGACACCGAUUAUCGAGAAAACGCCUGACAUAUCUGAGCCCAUUGAACCGACAAAUGGACAUCAGCGAACUAUAUCUUCAAACUAUCGAAAUAACCUCACUCCUUCAACACAAAUUAAAACCAGCUCUUCCCCAGUAGUAGAGACACUGUUAAGCAGCAAUACUAAAACGCUUCAGAAUAGUUAUACAGAAGAGACAGAAAUUCAUGCUGAUAAUGCUAGUCUAAUAGAUUCUACGCUACCUUCCGAGCAACAGAUAAAUGGAAACAAUCUGCGGGCGUUAGUGACGGGAAAGACAGAAGACGCAGCUAAUGUUGUUGCGGAUGACGAUGAUGAAAUUGGUGUAGCCCAAAUGGCUAGUUCGCCAUCAAAAGAUCAGUUUAAAAUAAAUCAUUACAAUGAAUCUUUGGAAUUAUCGAAAAAUGAUACUAAGAUCGAUAAAUUAUCUGAACCCGUGGAUAUCAUGAUAAAGAAAAGCGAUAAUGUCGAAUACGAUAGCGAAGCUGCUAACCGUGAUAUCGAGACUGACCAUCAUGACAUCGAGACAAGUAGAAAAAGAGACGUAGUGGCCCUAAUUACUGAGGCUUCCUCUAAUGUUAAAAUUGAAAAAUCGAAAAAUUCUAUAGAGGCAACAAAAAUUCCUGAGAGUAAAGAAAAUGCGCCUGAAGUUGUCGAUAGAGCGCUAUUUGAAAGAUUAAGAUCUGAAUUACAAACUUUGAACAAUAUAACACAUGAAAAGGCACUGGAAGCCGGGACUCACAUAAAGGAAUUGGAAACGGAGCUAUGGCGACUAAAAUCUCAAAAUAGCACUGGGGUGUCUAAAGAAAUAGAUGAGCUGGAUUCCGUUAGACUACAAUCGAAGUGUGAACUAUUGGAGGCAGAUAACCAUUCUUUGGAAGACAAAGUUAAUGAGUUGGAAGCUUUGAUAAAUAGCAAAUUUUUAGACAUGGAAAAUCUAAAUGAAAUUCUUCAAUUUCAAAAUGAAAGAAUCAAAUUGCUGGAACUAGAACCGAAUCACAAGGAGAAGCUAGAAAAAUUACAGAUAGAAUACGAAAAUUUGAGGAGAGAAAAUGAACGUCUGAAAAAUGAGAGUAAGCAACAUAAUGAAGAUAUUAUUAAACAGGUUACAAGUUAUUCUUCGCAACUAGCUUUAUUAAUUAAUCAUUGGAAAGAGAACAAAGUUAACUCUUCAUUCCUUUCAUCAUCUUCUUCAUUGUUAUCCGUAUCGUCUAACCAAGAGGAAAACGGUGAAAAAUCUAUAAAGAAUGAGGGCGAACCCUACAGUGAUCAAAAUCGUCAUCAUCGUGUAGUAAUUAGCAAACUAACAAACAGGUUGGAUGAUCUGUUAGAAAAAAGUCAAGAGCUGACCGUAUCGAAAGAAAAGCUAUCCUCUGAAUAUCAUGCUUUAAAGAUGGAGCACAGCUCACUGAGCCAAGAUGUAUUGGUGAAGGAAAAUGAAAUCAAAAAGAUACAAAACGAUUAUAGAGAAAGCAUUAGCUCGGUUAAUAAUGCAAGUAAGGCUUUAGUAGUCUCACAAAGAGAAUUAGAAAAGUAUAAAAGCUUGAACAAGAAAUUAAUUGACGAAUUGGAUGAGUUGAAAUUCAAGCACGGCCAUGGUAAUCGAAAUUCUGAGGAUGGUUUCGAAAGUACCAACGAGGGUUCUAACGAUGCCAGUAACAAUAACAAUAUCAGGGAGAAUCAAUUUAACAUCAAGAUAAAUGAUUUGAAGGCCGAGCUUUUCAUCACAAAUCAAGAAAGAGAUAACUUGAAGAGUGAAGUACUUGAGCUGAAGAAGAGGUUACUCAAUUUAGAAAACGGUACUAAUGACGUUAACGAGAACGAUGGCAGUAAUUUGCUUUAA